AUGGGUACAUCGGUUCGAGCUGUUGGUGUGUCUGCAGAAUCCAUGCAGAAUGAGAAGGAACUCUCAACAUUGAUCGAUAGUUUGAAAUCGGACCAUAGUUAUCUUAAGAAGCAGCUUGCAUCUUUGGAGGUUGCGUCACAGCCAAAGAAUGACGAGCUUGAUAGGCGGCUAGAGCUUGAGAAAAUUAUAUAUGCAGAGGAGAAACAGAUUGAUAGACUUGUGCAAGGGUCUAAGGAGCUAAAGGAGAAGGUUUGCAAAUAUGUUUUGCUUGGUUUUCUUUUCCCAAUUGCUGUUUCACUAAAAUCUCAGUCUCUGGCAAUUCAGAACAAGAUUGAAAAUGCUGGUGAACAUUAUGAUCUUGGAAAUAAGAUGGCAAAGCCAAGGUGGCUGGAGUUUAGCACGAGGCUUCUGCAGGACCAAAAUGGACUCUCAUUAACUUGGGAUCCUAUGAUUCCUAUCGGGAUCGGCGAAGCAUUUCCUUCCUAG